UCUCUGUGUCUCUCUAUCCACUGUGUGUGUAUGCAUCUGCGAGAGCGGCCUCUCGCUCUCUCUUCUCUCCCUUCUCCCUCCUUCAUAACCCCCUCCUCCCUCCACCAGCUCUUGUUCUUUUCAUGAGAUGCAGAGCUAGGAAGCUAGAAGAGGGGCAUAUUGCUGCAGUUAUUCUAGAGACAACUGUGGUCAGACUGGCUGCCCUUCCCACUCCCCGAUGUACCAGGAGGCUGCAGACCCUGUCAUUCAGGGCCUCGACGAGCCAUGCCCAUCCAGCACCUGCCAAAACCACGUAGCCACCAGCAUGCUGACAGCAACAAGACAGAGCCUCUCCGAUCACACGAUUGGCAAAGAUCCACAGGCCGCAAGGACAGGUCAAAGGCAGAACAGAGGGAUGAGGACUCGCCUGGGCUGCCUGUCUCACAAAUCAGACUCUUGUAAUGACUUCACAGCCAUUCUUCCAGAUAAGCCCAACCGGGCUUUGAAAAGAUUAUCAACAGAAGAAGCCACAAGAUGGGCAGAUUCUUUUGACAGUCUUUUGUCCCAUAAAUACGGGGUGGCUGCAUUCCGCGCCUUCCUGAAGACAGAGUUCAGCGAGGAGAAUCUGGAGUUCUGGCUGGCCUGCGAGGAGUUCAAAAAGACCCGGUCGGCAACCAAACUGGCAUCCAAGGCGCACAGGAUCUUUGAAGAAUUCGUUGAUGUGCAAGCUCCUCGAGAGGUGAACAUAGACUUCCAGACACGGGAGGUGACAAGAAAUAACGUGCAGGAGCCCUCACUGUCUUGCUUUGACCAGGCCCAAGGGAAGGUGCACAGCCUCAUGGAGAAAGACUCUUACCCCAGGUUCCUGAGAUCCAAAAUUUACACAGACCUACUGACCCAAACCCAGAGGAGGCUCAGCUAGAGCAGGGAUGGGACCAUCACAAACCAUACGCUUCCCAUGGCAGCCAAACCCAUUUCCAAAUGUGAAACUUCAUUGGUGUUAAAAACGCAGUGGGAAAGGGGGAAGGGCGAGAGAAAGGGGGAGCCUGUGUCAGGAUGCGACCCAAACGCAGCACUAGGACUCUUUGAGUUUGUGGGUCUGUUUGGUUAGUGGUGGCACCUUGCAGUUUCUGGCCUUCUCAGGGUCAGAAAUAUGUCCUCUGUGGGGCACGGAGUCAUCUAUCGAGAAGGCAGGUUUCCCAAAAUUUACCACACUGGUUAGUUGGUAAAUAAUGCCAAUAUGAACUUCCAGCCUUUCAGACCUUUCCCGACCCUCACCUAUCCCGCACAUUUGGAGGGGACACUAAGAGCAGUCCUAAAACGAGUGUAACCGAGCACAAUCCACAGCACUGCUGUCACUUGUGGGGGCCUGGGUGGCUGGAACUCCACGCUAACAACCAGGGGGUGGCUAACACCACAGGCCGUGAGCGAUCUCCCAGGAUAGAACUGAUCAACCGAGUCAGCUCCUUCUUCCAUUUUUGUUGCUCACAUUGUGAUGUCAGCCAUGACUCUACUGCACCCCCUUCCUACCAUAAAGUCCUUUUCUUUCGGGAAGGGAAGCUGAGUGUUAUUUUCACGUUGUCAAAGAGCCAACAUUUCCUCCCCAGGAGGCCAGACCAAAAGCCCAUACUAGAAAAGGUUCCAGAUGCAAAUUAUGAUCAUUAAGAUGUAUCGAUUGAUUUGUCCUGUGCUAGCAGGGAGCAGGGGCGCUGUGCUAGGCUCCGUACCAAAACCACAACCAAAAGAUGCUUCUUAUCCCUGAAGAGCUGUGUGGUCUUGGGAGGCAGCAUGUGGUAUUUCUUCCUGCUCACAAGGGAGGAGAACGCAAGACAGCCUGUUAUACGAGAAUGCACGUUUCAUGCAUUGCAGGAUCGGGCAUGAUAGGGAGAGGUAAAAGCAAAGGGAUUUGUGUGCAACGUAGCACACCGCACACAACACUUCAAAAUAGCUUCGGUCCUGGCCUCGUGCAGCAGCUGAUAACACUGAUACUAAAGUUAUUUUUAUGUAUUGUCCAUGGACUGCUUUUAUUUAUCGAUUGCUAACUGUGUGUUCGGUGCUGUACAAAUAUGGAGACACGGCCCUUACUCCAGAAAGAGAUAAGACAGUGGAAACAUGUUGUGCACGGACUGAGAGUCCAGUAUCCAAGACACCUAUUUUCUGCUGUAUUUUCCAUAUUUUUGUUGCAUAGCUUAAGAAAUGAUUUAUGUAUAGACAUCAGCUGUGUCGCACAACCACCAAGCUGUGCAUAAAUACAUUUAUAAUAGGCUUCAAUUUCUGUGUUUAGGGUGCUCCAUGGGUUUGCUACCCCAGCAGGAUUGGAGCAAAAAUGUGAUGCAACACAGAGAAAAUAGGAAGGACUGGCGUCCAAGGCGCCACACAGCAAAAUAGGACAAAGCUGAGUAGGUCUUAAAAGGCAUUGCACAUCCAUGCAUUAGGGUAGGACAGAGCUUUCAGGCUCUGUUUUGAGGCGAUGCUAUGCAGGAGGAGUGUCUGUUCUGUAGCCAUCAAGAGGUUACUCUCAUUGGGAGGGUGGGUUUUGUUAGGGCAGCACUGUUAUUUUCUAAAAUAAACGUCUUCCCAGUCCUAACUUGAGAACGUGAACACUGGAUGCAAUUGAUGCCUGGGCUAAACAGGAAGGUGAGAUGGGAGAGAGCUGAUGCAUGGUUCGGUGCAGCGUGGCGUGGCUUUGCUGAACAGGAGUUCACUGGUAGGCCAUUAUGUUGGUCAGUAGCCAAAGUUUCACGUUGUGGUGAUCCCUUAAGCUCCAGAGACUGGGUAUUUGUGGUUCAGGAUCCCAGUCAGAGUGGGGUGUCUGGUGGUCUCAUUUCAGAGACAUGUGCAGCUGGUCAGAGUUCUCUGGCACCAGAGGCGAGUAGCAACCUAGACAAAAAGGUUUUCGAAGGGAAGGUUUCAGCAUCUGACAGGACUGUUAUUCUAAAACGGUGCUUCUCGACUUUUCAUUCUUCGGACCACUGUCUAAGAGAGAGGUCCUUUCCUGGGUCAAUUUUCAUUCUCUUAGGGGGACUAUCAGAAAGAGCAUAGAGCCUUCUGAUCUGAGAACCAUAGUUUAAAGACGGGGACCAUAGUUUAAAGAACCAUAGUUUAAAGACGCAAGGGAAUUGUGAAAUAAAUGGCAGGGACUAGAGCACAGGAUCACAGGCGUGUGAGGGUGGAAAACUGAGUCUGCAUCCAAAUGCAGGUCCCAGGGUGCAGCUUCUCCAUCUAUUUUCUUAUCUAUCAUGAAUGCCUUUGGCCUAUACAUUUAGUCAGCCUAACGAAUGAGACUGGAGAGAGAACUCUCUUGGGAACCUUGUGCAAUCAAAGACUGAUGAAAUUAUUCUUUGAUCUUUCUUGGGCUAUAUUUGUGUCCUGUUACACAAGUAAGCCACGCGUGGGUCCCCGCUGUGCUGCAGAUGUAAGAUAAAAGCGCAAGAGGGAGAUCACUAAGAUGCUAGGGGAAAUGUACUCACAUCACGCCACAGGGUUCGUGGCACAUUCUGAGUGCGUCUUCUGUGCAGUUGGAGGCAGGCGCGCGCCCGGACACACCUCCUAAAGAAUUGGGAAGAAUUCCUCUUCCUAUGACACUUCAAUGGCGGCACCCUCACGUAGGGCCAUGCUCUGUCUUCAGAUGUGAGGAGCGCCUGUUGAGUUGAGUCAAAGUCCCUGGGAGCAGAACGCACAGAACUGGCUCCUUAAUGAGGAAGAGUCUAAAUGGCUUCUUGCCUGAAUGUGCACUGGCGCAUGAAACCAAUGAAGCUGCAGCUUUUGGAAUGGUGUGAUAGGUGUGAUAGGACAGGCAUGGCUACAUGGUAGUUUUCAGGGACUGGUUGCAGGGUCCUAGCUGUUUCCUAUGACACUAUGCUCUGGGAAAGAACUCAGCCAGUGAGGACACUGAACAUGCUGAGGCUGUGAAGACGGGGGAGGAGGAGCUAUGUAUAUUUUCCUUCUUUUAUAUGAACCCCCGUAUUGUGGUUGUGACUGCAAAGGGUGCAUAUGUGCACAACUCCGACUGUCCUUUCCUCUAAGUGGAGAACAAAGACCAGCAGGAUUGUAAGUGACCACGAGAGGUCAUCUAGUCCAGCAUGGAGGGUAGAAUGAACUAUUAUCGAGACCAUCCCUGACAAGUGUUUGUCUAAUUUGUUCUUAAAAGCCUCCAUGAAUACAGGCUAUGAACCUAUGGAGAGCAUUCCAAAGCUCCACUGCCCUUUCUCCAUCCAAAAUAAAUAAUGGCUGAGCUCACAAGCCCACACAAGCCAGGAAAUUCAGAGCCCAAGCUGCCCCUCCAGCCUGUAGUCUCCUUACUGCACCAAACUACUGGGCUGUCUCUAGAUUGGCAUGAUUUUCCUGAAAUGCUUUUAACGGAAACGUUUUCC